UCACAGUGUCUGUAUCCAGCUUUUCAGGGGUCUACUGGACGCCACUCAGCAAUCAGACAGAGCAGCUUUUGUCUGAUACAUCUUAGCAAGCAACUAGCUUAAUUGGAGUCACAAGUAUAGACAGUCUAUGGAGAGUUUCAGGCUGCAGGCUUGUUGGGGCUGCAACAUUUCUACCUCUGCUGGACCAUAAUUCAAGUCAAAACAUAAUCUUUGCAGCAGGGUCUGGGGAAGUAUACAAGUAUUCUAACGCAAUAUGGAGAGCCGGCACUGUUUCCUGCUACUGUGCACACUUAGUUUAGCGCUGGCCUCUAGAGGGGAGACAAAAAAUGAUGAUGGCAUCGACUUUGUCAGCUUCCUGAGACGUAUCUACCCCGGGCUGCUGGUGAGAGACGAGCCGUUCAUCAUCAACAAAGACUUUGAGAUAAACUCCCUCAAGGAGCUGGGACGCCCUGAAGUCCUCUCAAUCACAGAGCAAACCAAGGGCAAACCAGUCAAUCAGGAUACAAACGGGGCUGCUGGACCUGUAGUAUUAACCAAAGAUGGCCAGAUCAAGGGGAUUACGGUGGACAAGGCCCAUAUAUUCUAUGGGAUACCGUAUGCAGACCCCCCGGUUGGGGCUUACCGCUGGAAGCCCCCCAGACCUGUGAGUCCUCGGCCGGGGGUUUACGAUGCCUCCUUCCCCAGGGCGUCAUGCAUGCAGGCCUGCAGCGGACCCAUCACUGAGGAGUGUCCUCGGAUAGUCAGUGAGGACUGUCUCUACCUCAACAUCUUUGUACCUCUGGAUGUGAACUUCAGCUCCCCUCUGGGAAGCCCACUGCCUGUCAUGGUGUGGAUCCAUGGUGGGGAUUUCAUCGCUGGCUCUGCCUCCAAGCCACUAUACGAUGGACGCUUCAUCAGUAACCUAACCCACACUGUUGUUGUAAGCCUGGAGUACCGACUGGGUGCUUUUGGGUUCCUUGUGUCGGGUAAGGACCUUCACUCCUCAGCUGCAGGGAAUUAUGGGAUCUUGGAUCAGCAGGCGGCUCUUCUUUGGGUCCAACAGAACAUUCCAGUGUUUGGAGGAGAUCCUAGCAAGGUGACACUUUUUGGGGAGAGUGCAGGUGCUCAGUCAGUGAGUCUUCACCUGAUGAUCCAGAGCAGCCAGCCUCUGUUUAAACAGGCCGUCCUGCAAAGUCUGCCCUUCUCCAUCCCUCUGAAGACCAGACACGACGCCCUGAAGCUGGGAAAAGACUUUGCUAAACAGACCAAGUGCUCUGUGAGCGACAUCGUCUGUCUGCUGUCUCUCACUCCACAGGCCGUCCUGGCUGCCCAGAUGAAAACAAGUUCCAAGGUUGUGAACCCGUUCAGGUUCCUGGAGGUUUUUGAGACGUGGGGUCCAUACAUCGAUGGGAAGUUAAUAAAAGAGCAAGCUGUCACUGCCUUCCAGAAGGGCCACUGGCAGAAAGAGAAGCCGGUGCUGCUAGGAACCACCUCAGAAGAGGGAGUGAUCUUUGCUUUUGGUAUCUUCAACAAGCCAGUCUCUGCAGUGGAAAGCACCGUGUACAUCACAGCCAUCUUUAAACAACAUGCUCUGCGGAUCCUGCGCAAGUACCUGCCCCUGUACAUGGACGCUGACCGCAGGGAUAUGCUAGCUCAGAUCGUCACCGACUACAUCUUCCUGUGUCCAUCCAGGAGGUCGGCGCGUGCUGGCACAGCAGCGGGCAGCAAGGUUUGGAUGUACGUGUUUGACCACGUGGCGUCAGACCACCGCGUGUGGUCAGGUCUGACCUUCUGCUACCAGCACGCCUGCCACGGCGCCGAGCUGCCCUUUCUUUUUGACUCUGCUUCGGUGGCUAACUUCACCCUGUCAAUGCCAGAGAAGCUACUGUCCAAUCGGAUGCUGUGCUACUGGGGCGCCUUCGCCCACACUGGUGACCCUUCCUCGCGGGCCCAACAAACAACUUUCUGCCGGGAGCAGCGUCUGCCCGUUUGGCCGCGCUAUUCCGACACCAGCAGCUGGCUGGUCAUGAACCUGACAGUGCGUUCACAUGCACAAGUGGGAACCAGGGACCAUAUAUGUGACUUUUGGGACCAUCUAGGCAUCUAUUAGUGAGGGGGCGGGCAGGGCAGGGAGGUGUUGACUUACUUUGCAGUAAAGUAUACAUGCUCCCAUCUUUCUGUUCCACAGAAUGUUAAUCCAGUCACAAAAUCUUACAGCAUGUAGUUGCAGUGUUCAUCACAAAAUAUACAUUCAUAAAAUAUGACCUUUUAGAAAUCGCUACCAAGCAGCAAUUAUAGUUCAAUAAAUCGUCAGCUUUUAGAGAGAAAAUGUUAUUUCUAUUUCCUUUCUCCAGCAACAGCUAUGAGUGCACAUCAGUUUUUAAAAACUGCUACAAUUACUGUCAUCUAUUGCUCAGCAGUAUGAAAUGCAUCUCUGGCCAAAGCCUCACCAUUUUCCCCUUAACAUGAGAAAGGAUGCAGAAAGACAAGUUGCUCUAUUUGGGGUAAAUUUAGGUAAAGACGAGUUCGCACAAGUUGAAAAAUAUUUUAACCUGAGUGAAACAU